GCAAACGGCAUGGCCUUUGUUUAUGUCUUUUCUUGCUAUGGUCUGUUCAAGGAAUCGCUGUGCUCCUGCGCGUUGCCCCGACAACAAAGGCUUCCAGCCUCCGGAAUUUACGAGACCAGCUCUUCAGAAGUUCCUCUUAAGAGCACCAUUUCGAGGUCUCUCCCUAUCAUCGAAAUGGAAUCGUCUUAAUUAGCGAUCGGUCUUUAGCUCUACAGUUGUGCGGCCUUUUGUCUGGACACGUCCUCGAUCUACUGUUGAAUCUCUGCCGUGGACCGGCAUACCAACACCGUUCUAUCCAUCAAACCCAAGCCGAACGCAAAACCUGUUUUUUGGAAGAUCAAAACUCAAUGGAGAAUUCAGCUCUAUUUUCCGAACCUAUCAAUCUUGCCGAAGACGACUCGCAUCUCCAUUUCCCCGAUGAGGCUCUCAUUCCGUCCAGCGCGAAGGACCACCUUGCGCAUCCGCUAGACGGCAUAUCCGGUUCUGUCUGUGGCGAUGACGAGCAUCUAUCUGGUCACCCAGAAUACACCUCAUCGGUGUCAUCGACCGACGAACUGGUGCAGGUGAAAUCUCGGACUUCUAGCCAAUCGUCCUUUUCCUCGAUGCCGGACUCUGUUGUGGUUCAUCGCUCAAAGGAUCAGGAGUUCGGAUGCCCCAUUGCGGGGAUCGAUGCUCGUGGUCAGGACGGUGCCGACAAUGAGAACAAGAUGGCGAAGGGGAAACAGAGACCCAGCGGAAUUGGGUACGGGACAUUAAGGUCGCUAUACAACGUCCGCGAGCGCGAAGUCGCAUUCAGACACCCUAGCUCCGUGCGGGAAAUGCAACUGCACACUGAAGACGAAGAUGCAGAUGACGAUGAGUACCUAACACCUCCUCGUCGGCGGAUACACGGCCGCUCGCCCGGCUCCACGCCGUUGAAAAGAUCCCCCUAUUACUCUCCCAGUGGAGCGUCUCCGAGCAGAAACAAGCCAGAGCCAGUCAAGAAAGAGUAUCCUCUCGUCCUGCUUCAUUGCAAUCUCCUCCCGCCCACUCUUUCGCUUUCAGCGACAAUAGGCGUUCCAGAUCAGAGGAUCCUCAAGGAAGUCCUCCCCCCGCAGUAUUGGAGGCGGUGGAAACUUCUUGAAGAAAAGGUCGGAUUCGGCGUCGUGCGUGAUCGUGGAGUUCUCAUUUCCCAUCCACAGGACAUGUAUGAUCUACUUGAGGAACGGCUGCUAGAGAGUCUCGAGCUCCAGCGACCUAGGCUUCAGGAUGGGCAUUUUCUGGGGCAAGAUGAGGGAGAUUCGGAGAAAGAGGACAUGGAGCAACUCGAAGGGGAGGAGAGCGCGACAGACGAUGAACAGGGUGAGGCGUGUCCCGAUUGCGGACGAAAAGUGGCCCGACAGGGAGGUGAAAGUGACUGUGGCAAGAGGAAGUGGGAGAUUAGAGUCUUCGCCGCCAAUGGUCUGAUGAGGGCCGGUGCCUGGGCGGCUGCGUGGAAGGAGAUGGAAAAGGUGGACGUCGAAGUCGGUCUUUGGCUCCCAUCGGAUGUGAGACGGGAAUUGGAGAGGAAAGCACUCGAAGAGGGACUGAUCUAUUACGAUGCACAGAGAGUCAUAUCCUCUCAAACGGUAACGGGAGAAACCCAGCCUCCUUCCCAACCGAUUCAUCUCUCUUCCGCCCAAGAAUGUCGAACACAGGAACAAAUCGAUGGCCUUGAUGAUUCGACCAAAUCCAUCCCGAUGAGCACUCUUGCAGACCCAGCACCGAACAAGUCUGUCGCGUCUCACAACCACAGAGCCGACGACAUCGAUCUCCAUGUAUUGCUGAAAAAUUACCUCCGGCUGCUUGCGAGCGAUGGGCGCAACAUCGCACUAGUCAUCCUCAGCAUCCUCGUGAUUGUGCUUGCAAUCGUAGCUCGUCCUAUGGGCGAAAACAUACAACCUUUGCUCAGAGAGAAUCUGCUGGAUCCGAGCCCGCGACCUAUCGUCCAUAUGCCGCAAACUGCUGCUCUGCACGUGGGCUCUUCGAACUCGCGGCCUCCGAUCGUGAGAUCCUUUCUACCAGCCGGAUCGGCUGCUCCCUCGUCAGGCUACGCUGGAUCCAGGGGAGAGUCGGCGCUUCCGGGAGGAGCGGAAUUGGCCGAAAUUAGAAACUAGAUCCAAAAGGACCGCCCAUGAUACAAAAGUAAAGACUUGAAACGCAUUUACGACCGAUACGAGGCAGAGAUGAUUUUUCUUCUUUCUCUUUUCUUUUACUUCUUUGCGUCUCUUUUUCUGAAAUGCAUCUUCUGUCUUAUUCCUUGUUAUUAUUAUUAGUUGAGAUGCCAAUUGUUAAUAUGUGAUGAUGUUCGGAGUUGCGUUUGUAUGGAUAUGGUUAUGACAGCGAUGAAUAUACAAUUUCCUAAUGCCUCUCAUUUUUAUUUAUCUUCUUCCCCUUUUCUUGUUCCUUGUUUCUGGUUCUGUGUCCCUCCCCUGGCUAUAUAUGGAGUUAUAUCUGAUUCAACAGGCCUGGUUUGACUUGAUUCAGUCCCAAGUAUGUCAGCAUUAAGCAUGCCGCAUAAUCUAUUAAAAUAAAAUGAACCAAUGCAUCGAUACGGUUUUUGCAAC